GGACGCCAUACCAGUGAUGAUCCGAUGAAUGUUUUUGUGACUGUAAAUAUCUCUGGUAGCGGGAGUUCGAGUGGUAAACUGACAUUUUGAAAACAAGUGGGUAUUACAAAGGUUUACGAAAACACAAUGGAUUAUGGAGAAGAAUGUGAACAGCUAAUAUGCACUGUUGCGCAUUGUAGGAAAGUGUACCCAGAAGCUUGUUCUGAAAGCUUAAUAAAGACUAAAAGAUUGAAACUUAAUUCUGUGAUAGAUGCAGAAUUUAAAAUAAAUAAGCAAGAUGACCUACAAGAAAUUACCUCCACGUCUUGUGCUGUUGAUUUAGAGAAAUGCAUGUCUGAUGUCGUGGAGAUGUGUGCCACUCACAAAGAGAUCUGUAAAAAGCAAACAAAAAGGUUAAAUCAAGUCUGCAUUAUUUAUGGAGUUUAACUCUGUGAAGCAUGAGACACUGAGAAGCCAACUAUGUCUUUGAAAUAUUGAGAAUGUUGCUGUAACACACUAUCUGAACUUACUCAUUAAAACAGGCAGGAGGCGGCUCUUUUCAGUGUUUAAUAAGAGAAGGAGAAGAGUGAAAGUAUGCUAACACAAUAAAAUUGCACAAAUCUGUUGUAAAUAAUUAUCACAUGUAUUGCAUAGUAAAUGCGUUAUGCUUUACAGACAUGUAUCUCCUUCUCAGAAAGCAGACAAGACAUACAUCUUAAUUAAAAUUGUAGCACUGCCACUGACAAAAUGGUGAAUUAUCAUUUUUACUUUUGUACGUCAGAUGUUACAAAGUGUCAUUAAUGAAACCUCUGUAUAUAUCAGUAAAGGACAUUUUCUUAGCACUACUUAAAAUUUUAAUUGCUCUAUAUGUGUGCCAUAAACCACGCAAAGAAAAUUUGUUGCUUUUGUAGAAGCAAAUUCAGUUGUUUUUUACAUGCUGGUAUAUACACAAGAUUUGUGUAAAUGUAUGCAUACAGCGGGAUAGAAAUCAACAGAUUAUAAAAUAUUUAGAAAUAUUUUACUGAGAAAAUAGCCAUCCUUGAUGCAAACAUGUAUUUGUAAUUCAUGAAUAUGUGUACUCAAUUUC